GAGAGAUAGAUGAGGAAGUAAUUGAUGAGGAUAAAUAAUAUAUUUGGAUUCACACAUUUCUGGUUCAUCUUCCUUCUCAGCAGUGCUCUCUUUCCAUUAUUAUUUAUAGGAGAAAAAAGCUAACGCUAAGGCCCUUAUGAGGGUUGUUGAUGGUGGAGUGAUACCGCGUUGGAUGCCCUCUUUAUUCCGCAGGAGUAACGUCUUCGUCGUCUCCGCCUGGUGGUCUACGUCCAUGGCAAUUCGAGUGUUCUUUGUGGCUCUGAUGUUCUGGUUGGUCUUUGCCGGAUAUUAUCGCGGCGUUCUUUCUUACAAUCGCCCUCCUGCUCGACAAACUCUGUCCAUUCUUCCAUCCCUAAAAGUGGAUCGGUCUUCACCCCAACAGGUGCAUAUAUCAUUGGUUGGUUCGGACAAGAUGAGAAUAUCUUGGAUCACAGAAGAUUUUGGGACUCCAUCCACCGUACAAUACGGUACAUCAUCCGGAAUGAAUACCUGGGUUGCAAACGGAACUACGAAUUCGUAUAAGUAUUUGGUGUAUGAAUCUGGAGAAAUACAUGAAGUAAUCAUCGGCCCCCUCAAGCCCGAUACAUCUUAUUAUUACCGUUGUGGCUUAAAUAACGUUGACCGUGAAUUCACCUUCAAAACCCCGCCGGCUCAAUUCCCCAUCAAAUUUGCUGUCGUAGGCGAUCUAGGACAGACGGAAUGGACACAAUCAACCCUGGACCACAUCUCCGGUUCGAAAUACGAUGUAUUGCUGCUGCCGGGAGAUUUAUCCUACGCCGACAUGUACCAGCCGCGUUGGGACUCGUUCGGCCAACUGGUCGAACCACUGGCCAGCCAACGUCCUUGGAUGGUGAGCCAAGGGAACCACGAGGUGGAGAAGAUUCCUAUCAUCCACCCUCGUUCUUUCACCUCCUACAACACUAGGUGGCGUAUGCCGUACGAGGAGAGUGGGUCGGACUCCAAUCUCUACUAUUCAUUUGAGGUUGCUGGGGUCCACGUUCUUAUGUUGGGGUCUUACACUGACUUCGAAGCUGGGACAUCUCAGUACAAUUGGCUCCAGGCUGACUUGGCUAAAGUGGACAGAAAGAAAACACCAUGGCUGGUGGCUCUCGUUCACGCCCCUUGGUAUAAUUCGAACACUGCUCACCAAGGAGAAUACCAAUCCUACGGCAUGAGGGCAGCCAUGGAGGGAUUACUUUAUGAUGCUCGUGUCGAUGUUGUUUUCGCCGGCCAUGUCCAUGCCUAUGAACGUUUCACUCGUGUUCACAAAGGUCAAGCUAAUAAUUGUGGUCCAGUGCAUAUCACUAUUGGUGAUGGUGGUAAUCGCGAAGGCCUUGCUAAUAAGUAUAUCGAUCCACAUCCCAAAAUAUCAGUGUUUAGGGAGGCAAGUUUUGGACAUGGUGAAUUGCAGGUGAUGAAUGAAAGUUAUGCAUUAUGGAGUUGGCAUAGGAAUGAUGAUGAUGAGCCAAUUACUGCAGAUUCAGUCUGGUUGAGAAGCCUCACAAAUGACCCAGCGUGUAAGAAGGUUUAAACAGUGAAUAGGACCAAGACGAUGGUAAAAAUAGGUUUCCCCAAAGGAGAAGUAGAUAGUUUACUCGAUUCUAUACCUAUCAUAAUUUUAUAAUGAAAAAUGAAGCAAAAGAAAAUUAAAUCUUCCUUUCUUCUCGUAUGGAUGAUGAACCAGUGAAUGUGAAUUACCAUGGUUCAGUUUGAUUU